UCACAGUCGCACUGCAGAAGGUCUCCUCAUCAUGACUUGUCCUUGGCAUCAGCUCCUUGCUGCUCUUACUUCUUCUUAUCAUACAGCCAUGGUAUAACUACUGUAUAACAAUAUGAACGAAAGAGCCUGCUGGAUGCUUAUCAGAUCUGUUGGUGGAAGCUGCCUUUUUAUCCCUUUCAUCCACAACCAGCAAAGAGCUUUCUAUCCUGCAAGGAACUACCACCAUACUCAUUUACUAGGUAAAAAAGCUGGUGCAAUUUAUUGCUGCUGCCUCCCAGAUCAAGAUAACCUGCUCAGUCAGCUGGAGCCCCCUGCAGACAGCUGUCUCUCUUUCAGUGGAUGGAAAACUGCCACUUGCCGGUGAAUAGGAAGCGAGUGGUGCAGCAUCCGCUGUACAGCAUCAGCAGCAGCCCUGGGCUCUAUUGUUCCUUGGUGUUAAAUGGUUUUUCCUUUUCAACUGGCAUGCACAAUAGCUGGGAAGACGAUUCUGUUCUCUGUGACUUAAAAAGGAAAAUCAAGGAGGGAGACGCUAUUAGGAGUGGACUAUUCAUUGUGUACAAGCUGUAACAGCAUCGCUGCCUUCCGAAGGCAUGGGGUUAGCAGGGAGAAGCACCGGCUUUUCUGGUACCCCUGCUUCUUCCCUUGGAGUGAUUGUUCUUCUUCUCGGUGGGAUCUGGGCUGCUGAGACACAGAGUGAAUCUGAAACCAAAACUAUAUACAUAUGGAAGACUGGUCCCUGGGGCAGAUGUAUGGGUGAUGAAUGUGGACCUGGAGGUAUUCAAACAAGAGCAGUUUGGUGUGCCCAUGUUGAAGGAUGGACAACCCUCCCUACAAACUGUAAACAGACAGACAGGCCAGAAAAUCAACAGAACUGUUUUAGAGUUUGCGACUGGCACAAGGAAAUGUAUGACUGGCAGUUAGGAAGCUGGAAUCAGUGCAAACCAGUCAUAUCAAGAUCUUCAGAGAAACCUACUGAAUGUACUAAGGGUGAGGAAGGCAUUCAGACUAGAGAAGUAACAUGCAUCCAGAAAGCAAAUGAGGCAAUAGCUGAUGAUAGUAUUUGUGAAUACUUUGAACCUAAGCCUCGACUGGAACAAGGGUGCCUUAUCCCCUGCCCUCAAGACUGCAUUGUAUCAGAAUAUUCUCCAUGGUCAGACUGUUCCAGGACAUGUGGCAAUGGAUUAAAACACAGAACCAGAUAUGUUAUUACUUUGGCUCAGUUUGGUGGAUCAGCAUGUCCUAACCUUACAGAAUACCAAAUAUGUCAGUCUUCCCCAUGUGAGGGUGAAGAAAAUAUGUACAGUCUGAGUGUUGGACCUUGGAGUUCUUGUUCUGUUCCACUUACUAGACAUGUAAGACAGGCUGGUAAACGAGGGAAAAACAGAGAACGAGCAAAGGAAAGAGAAAAAGCAGUAAAAGAUCCGGAAGAACGUGAGCUUAUUAAAAAGAAAAGAAACCGGAACAGAAAGAAUAGACAGGAGAAUAGAUUUUGGGAUAUACAGAUUGGUUACCAGACAAGACUGGUGACAUGUAUGCACCGGAAUGGAAAAGCUGCUGCAUUAAGUUUUUGUCAACAGGAAAAGUUGCCAAUUACUUUCCAGUCUUGUGUUGUUGACAAGGAGUGCCAAGUGUCUGAGUGGGCAGAAUGGAGUUCGUGCUCCAAGGCUUGUGAAAUGGCAUCUCAUGUUGGAUAUCGAACUAGAAAAAGGAUUAUAAAAUUAUUUCCAAUUGGGAAUGGAAAUGAAUGUCCAGAACUAGAAGAAACAGAACAGUGUACUCCUCCACCAGAUGGGCCACAAGUUUGUAUUAAAUAUACCUGGAGGGCUACAGAAUGGACUGAAUGUCGGGUCGAUCCUUUGUUAAGCCAGCAGGAUAAAAGGAGAGGUAACCAGACUGCACUAUGCGGUGGAGGAAUUCAAACACGAGAGAUUUACUGUGUACAAGCAAAUGAAAAUUUGCUUUCUUACCUCAACAAUGUGAAAGAUAAAGAAGAAAGCCAUUCUUACAGCACAUCAAAGUCUAGCGUGGCUCCAUUACUAUCAAUCACUUUUGAAAUAUCAGCAUCUAAGCCUGUUGAUGCCAAGUUGUGCUCAGAACCACCACUAAGCACAAGCCAGCUGUGCAAUGUUCCAUGCCCUAUUGAAUGUGAGGUUUCUGCAUGGUCAGCAUGGGGGCCUUGCACGUUUGAAAACUGUGAUGACCAGCAGAGCAGAAAAGGUUUCAAGCUUAGAAAGCGUCAUAUUUCCAAUGAGCCGACCGGUGGAACUGGCAAUUGUCCUCAUCUUGUAGAAGCCAUACCUUGUGAGGAACCAUCCUGUUAUGACUGGCGACUGGAUAAACUCGAGGAGUGUAUUCCUGACAAUGGAAACAAUUGCGGAGCAGGAACUCAGGUGCCUGUUGUCACAUGCAUUAAUAGUGAUGGAGAAGAAGUUGAUAGACAACAGUGCAGAGAUGCCAUUUAUCCGAUCCCAAUUUUGUGUGAAGUUUCUUGCCCAAAGGAUUGUGUUCUCAACAUGUGGUCUGAAUGGUCGUCCUGCUCACACACCUGCUCUGGCAAAACAACAGAAGGACGACAGACACGGACGCGAUCUAUUCUUGCUUACUCAGGUGACGGAAGAACUCCAUGCCCAGAAAGCAAUGCUCUGCAAGAGAUUCGCAGCUGUAAUGAGCACCCUUGUACAGUCUAUCAUUGGCAGACAGGUCCCUGGGGCCAAUGCACUGAGGAUGUCACGGUUUCAGCUUUCAAUUCAUCCAACUGGAAUGGUGAAGCCACUUGUGCUCUAGGGAUGCAAACAAGGAAAAUCAUCUGCGUUCGAGUCAACGUGGGACAGGUUGGACCCAAAAAAUGUCCCGAAAGUCUUCGUCCAGAAACAAUGAGGCCGUGUCUGCUACCAUGUCGGAAGGAUUGCAUAGUUACACCAUAUAGUGACUGGACUACAUGCCCCACCUCCUGCCAGGAUGGCAACGUUGCCAUAAAAAAACAGACUCGUCAUCGUGUCAUUAUCCAACUGCCAUCCUAUGGAGGCCGUGACUGCCCUGAUACUUUAUACGAAGAAAAUGAAUGUGAAGCUCCUGUGACCUGUCACAGCUACCGCUGGAAAACACAUAAAUGGAGAAGAUGCCAGUUGGUGCCAUGGUAUGUCCGACAAGACAGCCCUGGAGCUUAUGAAACUUGUGGGCCUGGAUUACAAGCCAGAGCAAUUACAUGUCGCAGGCAAGAUGGCACACAGGUAGAAGUCAUUGAUUGCCUUGCCAACGCUGGUCCCAUGCCUCCUUUAACACAGUCCUGCCAGAUACCUUGCCAAGACGACUGUCAGUUUACCAACUGGUCCAAAUUCUCCUCGUGUAAUGGUGACUGUGGUGCAGUAAGGACAAGAAAGCGCUUACUUCUUGGGAAAAGUAAGAAAAAGGACAAGUGCAAAAAUGCACAGCUCUACCCAGUGAUUGAGACUCAGUUCUGCCCGUGUGAUAAAUACAGUGCUCAGCCCGUGGGUAACUGGUCAGACUGUAUUUUGCCAGAAGGAAAAGUGGAGGCCUUACUUGGAAUGAAAGGACAAGGAGACAUCAAGGAGUGUGGGCAGGGGUACCGGUACCAAGCUAUGGCAUGUUAUGAUCAGAACAGCAGACUUGUGGAGACUUCAAGGUGUAACAGCCAUGGUUAUAUUGAGGAAGCAUGCAUUAUACCCUGCCCAUCUGAUUGUAAGCUUAGUGAGUGGUCUAACUGGUCGCGGUGCAGCAAGUCCUGUGGGAGUGGAGUGAAGGUUCGGUCCAAAUGGCUCCGUGAAAAGCCGUAUAAUGGUGGAAGACCUUGUCCGAAACUGGAUCAUGUAAAUCAGGCUCAGGUGUAUGAAGUGGUGCCGUGUCACAGUGAUUGCAAUCAGUAUAUAUGGAUCACAGAGCCCUGGAGUAUUUGUAAAGUGACUAAUGUCGAUCUAAAGCAGAACUGUGGCGAAGGUGUUCAGACAAGAAAAGUAAGAUGCAUGCAAAACACAGUAGAUGGCCCUUCGGAUGUUGUGGAGGACUAUCUAUGUGAACCUGAAGAAAUGCCUUUGGGAGCCAGAAACUGCAAGUUGCCCUGUCCUGAAGACUGUGUGAUGUCUGAAUGGAGUGAAUGGAACAGGUGUCCCUUGCCUUGUGAUGGAACUAGCUAUCGAGAGAGGUCAGCCGUACCUGUUCGACAAGCUGAGGAAGGCAAAGCCUGUCAUGUUGCAAUUGAAACGGAACCCUGCAACUUGAACAAAAACUGUUAUCACUAUGAAUACAACGUCACAGAUUGGAGCACUUGCCAGUUAAGUGAUAAGGCAGUUUGUGGAAAUGGAAUAAAAACAAGAAUGCUCGACUGCGUCCGCAGUGAUGUCAAAUCAGUUGACUUGAAAUACUGUGAAGAGCUUGGCUUGGAAAAGACAUUGCAAAUGAAUAUUUCUUGUGUGGUGGAAUGUCCUGUCAACUGUCAGCUUUCUGAAUGGUCACCUUGGUCCAAAUGUUCCAAAGAAUGUGGCCUAAUAGGUAAAAUGGUACGGAAUAGAACAGUGAUUCAGCCUUCCCAGGGAGAUGGAAGACCUUGCCCUUCACAAAUGGAGCAAUCUAAACCCUGCCCAGUAAAGCCAUGUUAUCGAUGGCAGUAUGGACGAUGGUCCUUGUGCAAAGUUGAGGAUGCUCAGUGCGGUGUAGGAACAAGGUUCAGAAACAUUUCUUGUGUUGUUCAUGAUGGAUCCAGGGAAGAUUCUGGUAAAAUAGUAGAUGAAGAAUUUUGUGGAGACCUUGACCUUAUCGUGAAUAAUGACAAGAAUAUUGUGCUAGAAGAAUCAUGCACUGUGCCAUGCCCAGGUGAUUGUUACUUGAGUGAAUGGUCCGAGUGGAGUUUGUGUCAGCUGACUUGUGUUAAUGGAGAAGAUCUGGGCUUCGGAGGAAUAAAGAUGCGAUCUCGUGCAGUAAUACUUCAAGAAAUGGAAAAUCAGCAUCUGUGCCCAGAACAAGUUUUGGAAUCACAACCAUGUAAUGAUGGUAAGUGCUAUGAGUACAAAUGGUUGGCCAGUCCUUGGAAAGGAUCUUCUCGAAUGGUCUGGUGUCAAAGGUCAGACGGCUUAAAUGUGACAGGAGGCUGCUUAGAGGCUUAUCACCCAGAGACUGAAAGAUCAUGUAAUCCACCUUGCACACAGCAACACUCAUAUUGUACACAGACAGGGUCAUGUGGCUGUGAAGAUGGAUAUACCGAAGUAACAUCGUCUGAUGGAACCCUAGAUCAGUGCACUCUGAUUCCAGUAGUGAUAAUGCCAACAUUAGAUGAAAAGAAGGGAGAUGUUAAAACAAGCCGAGCCAUCAACCCAACCCAGCCAUCCAGUAGCCAGUCAGGUUAUGGAGGAAGAACAUGGUUUUUACAACCCUUUGGCUCAGACGGGAGACUGAAGACCUGGGUGUAUGGGGUGGCAGCUGGAGCUUUUGUGUUACUCAUCUUUGUUGUUUCUAUGAUCUAUUUGGCCUGCAAAAAGCCAAAGAAACCCCCGAGAAGACAGAACAACCGUCUGAAACCCUUAACUCUGGCAUAUGAUGGAGAUGCAGACAUGUGAACAAUCUUUGAUGAACAUUCUACUUCCAUAUCUCAAGUCCAAAGAGUAUUUUAGGGAGAAACUGUUCACAAGGACUUAAUCAAACUAUACCCACUGAUUCUGAACAAUAACUACAGGUUAAUCUAGUUAAUGUUUUGCAUAAAAUAUUUACUGAAUCCUAACCGAAGGAAAAUAAUCAUAAAUGCCAAUUUCAAGUACCUUACUCAGCACAAGACUGCAACAGGCCAAUACGCAUGAGUUCAUACCACACUCGGAACAGCUUUAAAUUUAACAACCUUUGUGUUUUGUAAGUCAGCUUUCAACCGAUAACUGGGGUUACUGUACAUAAUGUCACAUGGAUGACUGAACGUUGAAGGUAUUAUAGGAACAUACAUGGGAAUGACUGGAUUCCAAAGCGACUUGUGCCACAUUGAUAUGGAACUGUCUUAAACUGGAGUAUUUUUAACAAGUUCCUCUCAACAGUAUUAACUUGUAUAUGUUACAAUGUUUCUACUUUCUCUAACUCUCUUAAUGUUGCCUACAUCUUUUUUUUUUGCUAUAUGUAAGGCAAGAUAUUGCACUAUAUUAGUGCUGCAUGAUAUGCACUUAACUAGAUUUGCCAUAGAAAAGGCCUCUUCAUAAGGGAUGGUGUUUCUUGUGAUAGCAUUGUCAUGUAGACAUUAAAGAAAUAUCAGGUUGAAAGUAGAUUCUGUGACAGGAGAAAAUAACAAUGUCAUGUAAAUAAAGCCCCCUGUUUCUUGUCACUGUAGCUACAGUAUUUUCUAGUUAGAUGAGGUUAUGUAUGUUGUUUCUUGCUCUUUUGAAAAAAAAAACUUUUUCUUACCUGUCUUUGGUAUAAAAAAAAAUUGAUUUACUUUGGAUAUUAUUGCUGUUUAUACUGAAAACAUGAUUUUAAACUGCUUUGUUUAGUUAAGAAAAACUGGUGAUGGGUGAUGCAUUCUGGGACAUGCUGCUAGGUGAGAGGUUCCGCUUUAUUAACAAUUUGUGGUGGAUAGCUUCAUCUUAUAGUACAGAGACCCUUUACACAUUUAUAUUACUGGAAUACAAACACUUUCAGCCCACUGUCCACUGUCAACUGUGAUUGGAAACCAAAGGCCUUCCAAAUGUUGCUGACUACAGCAUCCAGUAUCCCUAUGUCAUCCGAAAAGCUUUUGGGUGUGGGAGCUGUAUUUCAACAUCAUCUACUGGAAAUCCUGUUGCCCAGUGUUGGACACUCUUCUUCUCACUCAAAAAGUCUAGUCUUUUUUCUUUACAUACUGUAAUCUAUCCUUCUAUCUAGUUCUCAUUUUUGUUCCCAUACAGAAAUUGGUACUGAGAAUUGUGAGUAAUAGUGAGAAGCAGAAGGGCCCACUGACACUUGGGCCCACCAGGAAUUUUCCUGUUAUCCUGGAUGGCCAGUCCAACACUUGAGAAAGGGCCAGGUGCCUGAAACAUAUUGUGUGGUAAUGGAAUAAAAAGCCUAAUUGCA